AUGAAAAAGUACAACUGCUCAUUUUCAUAUCUCACUCUUCAGUGGCCUGGGAGUUUCUGUAUAGGUAUUAACAACAAAACCAUUUGCAAAAUUGCGGUUAAUAUAAAAUAACAUCAUGUUUAUGUUCAGGAAAUUGAGCAUGAACUCACUCAGCUGUGGCCAUCAUUAAUAAAAGGAAAACACUUCUUCUUCUUCUGGUAAACACAAACUAGGACCUUUUGUGAUUUAAUGCUGUGAGGAGAGCUUGUCUAUUUCCAGGCCGCAGUCAAGAUCCAGAAACUCUUUGACAUUGAUAACAUCUUGGAAAGCUCUGGAAUCAAAAACCAACACUACUCAUCAUACAAGCAUGACGACAUACGUGAAGUUCUGACCCCGCUGCUGGGACAAAACUAUGAUUUGCAAUGUGUGACGGACAACGAGGGUCGUGAAGCGUGGAUCCAGCUGAAGAUCCAUCUCUUCAGGAACCAAACCCUUGGAUGCCCCAAACAAGAACAAGAGCAAAAGUUUGAUCUGUUAGCGUGGUUUAACAGCACAGGACAUCCCUGUCCAAAGAACACCACCAUCUUUUACAUUCCAAUUAACUACGAAAAUCCUCAUGAACCAUGUAACUAAGAGAAGCUGAAGCUAUAGACCAUCACUGCUUUCAUGUUUGACUGUCCUUUUCCUGUCCUCAGACCUGAUGCAUGUCUUUUAAUAAAAAUGUUACAUAAUUCCUAAAGUA